CUUUUCCCAGCCGGACAUAAAAUAUGUGGUUAUGGACAAUGGAAAAAAAUUUUUUUGAUAUGUUUUUGAUAUUUUUUUAUAAACAGAAAUAGGAAUAGCUAAUUUUUUAAAAACAGAUCAUAAAAUAUUUCUAAAAAGAAAAAUAUUUUUGAAAACAGAAUGGAUGUCCAGUUAAGAAUAGCUGAAGAAUAUAAAAUAAAUUCAUCACUCUUGCUAGAUGAGCUGAAGUUUGGUUUCGUAGAAUUUGGUAUUUCUGGUCAUGUGAAAGCCAUUGCUAAUGAAGAAAAAAUAUUACCUCAUUCUACACUUCCAAUCGGUGUUCCUCCAUUACUUCCAGAUUUAAAAUAUGAACUUGAAACAUUUUUAUUAUCACCACUUGAUUUGCCAAUUCAUGCCUUCCAAAAUCAUCAAAGGUCUUGGCUACGUGAAAAAAAUUUGGACAAUAUGUUUGAUGCUGUAAUGCUUCCUCACCCUACAGAUAUUUGUAUGGAACGAGAUCCUAAAACUGGAAAGCUCAAAGGAUACCAAGAGGUUUUAUGUCAUGAUGUUGGUCUAACUGCUCAAAAUUCAAUGUCAAUGAAUAGAAAACCUGGUCCUUUAACUGAUUCAGUUAAAGGUGAAUCUUCAAAUAAACCUUUUUGGCCUGGUGGCGUGUUCUUCUCUGAAGCUCUUUUGAAAACAGUUACACAACCUAACAGUGACGAAAUAUUUGAAGUAAAAAAAGAAAAUUACUUAACAAGACCACCAGGAUUUUCAUUUGAUAUUUCAUUUGAUAACAUUGAGAGGGUUAGUCUAGCUGAUUCCUCAACUAAUGCAAAUACAAUAAGUAUUAAUGAUAUAAUUUCUAACGAUAUCGAUUUGACAUCUUUAUACAUCAAUAUUGAUGAUGAUGAGCAAGUAGUUGAAGCCCAAGAAAGCCCUGUUGAUGUUGCAUUAUUGGUGACGGAUGAUAUAUCUUCUCAACUUUUACAGGUUGAAGAUGAUUUCCCUUCAAAGAGAGUUAAAGAUGAAGAGAAGAAAUGGGCAACCCUAGAUGAUUUCACAGAUGUAAAGGAUUUCCAUAGACUAGUAAUUGAUAUGGCAUUCAAAUUUCCUUUUGAGUUAGAUGUGUUUCAAAAGCGAGCUAUACUUCAUCUUGAGAAGCAUGAAAACAUUUUGGUGGCUGCUCAUACAUCUGCUGGAAAAACAGUAGUUGCAGAAUAUGCAAUUGCAUUGGCACAGAAACAUAUGAGAAAAGCUAUCUACACUUCUCCUAUAAAAGCUUUAUCCAAUCAGAAGUUCAGAGAUUUUCGGGAUACAUUUCCUGAAGUAGGUUUGUUGACAGGUGAUGUUCAAAUCAAACCUGAAGCAACCUGUCUUAUAAUGACUACCGAAAUUUUAAGAUCUAUGUUGUACAAUGGCUCAGAUGUUAUAAGAGAUGUGGAAUGGGUGAUAUUCGAUGAAAUUCACUAUAUAAAUGAUUUAGAGAGAGGUGUGGUUUAUGAAGAAGUGCUGAUUAUGCUUCCUUCUCAUGUGGGAAUCAUCUUGUUGUCUGCUACUGUUCCAAAUACAUUAGAGUUUGCUUCUUGGAUAGGAAAAACUAAACAAAAGGAAGUUUAUGUAGUUCAAACAAAAAUGCGUCCUGUUCCAUUAGAACACUAUCUUUAUACUGGCAAUAGCAACAAAACUUCAAAUGAACUUUUUUGUAUAUUGGACCAAAAAGGAAAUUUUCUUUUAAGUGGCUAUAGAGCUGCAUUAAAUGCUAAAAAGGAAAGAGCCAGUAAAGUAGAUGAAAGUUAUGGCCCAAAAGGUGUUCGACAGGGAAAUCCUCAAGCAGAUAAAAGUGUUUGGUUGUCUUUAUUGUCAAUGUUGCAGAAGAAAGAUCAACUUCCUGUAGUGGCUUUUACUCUAUCAAAAAAGAAAUGUGAUCAAAAUGCAGAAAAAGUUAGCAGUGUUGAACUAGUAACAUCUACUGAGCGCAGUCAUAUAAUUUCAUUUUUUAACAAAUCUUUGAGGCAGUUAAAAGGUUCAGAUCGCCAACUACCUCAGGUUUUAUGGCUGGAAGAGCUAUUAAAAAAUGGUAUAGGUGUUCAUCAUAGUGGGAUUCUUCCAAUUUUAAAAGAAAUUGUAGAAAUGUUAUUUUCAAGAGGUCUACUCAAGAUUUUGUUUGCAACUGAAACAUUUGCUAUGGGUGUAAAUAUGCCAGCUCGUACAGUUGUUUUUGACUCUACACGCAAGUUUGAUGGUAAUAAUUUCAGAGACUUACAUUCAAGCGAGUAUAUACAGAUGGCAGGACGUGCUGGGCGUCGUGGAUUGGAUAACACAGGAAUGGUUAUUUUAUUAUGCAAGGGAGAUGUGCCAGAGACUUCUGAUUUAAAUAAAAUGAUGCUGGGUACUCCAACUAAACUAACGUCACAAUUUCGCUUAACAUAUUACAUGAUUUUAAACCUGCUACGUGUAAAACAAUUGACAGUUCAAGACAUGAUGAAGCGCAGCUUUUCUGAGUAUUACUUGCAAAAGGAUGCUCCUGAAAAUGAGAAAAAAUUAGAGGAGCUUCGCAUUAAGUGUAAGCAAUUAAAAGAUAUUGAUUGUCCUGUUUGUUCUAUUGAUUUAAAAGCUUAUUACUUGGCAUGGACUGAAUGCUAUCAACUUCAGAAACAAAUUAAGAAUAUUUUAUUCUCUUCAAUGCAAUGUCAAAAGUUACUUGUCCCCGGAAGACUUUUGCUAGUAACCAAUGCCAAUCAUAAGCGCAGUUUAAGUGUCAUUUUGCAGAUAGGUGGAUUAGGAAAUCUAUCAAGUUUUAAAGGUUUAUCUUCAAAAAAUCCUUUAGAGAAGCUUUACACAGUUUUAAUUUUGUGCGAGAAAAACUAUGAAGAGAUGAAAAUGUCAGACAUUUCAACAACAAAAGUUUCACAAGAAGAAGAAGUUAAACAUCCUAAUGAAAUGUUUCUUCAGAAUGAUUUAUUUAUACCUAAAGGUCAAUGUGGACAAAUAGUUGAAGAGAUAAUUGCAGCAGACAUAUGUGAAAUUGUAAAUAAAGUUAUAAAAGUAGAUUUGGAAAAAAUUUUAGAAAAUCACAAAAAAAGACUCAUUCCAAGAUUCAGGUCAGAUCCUCCUUCACAGUCAACUGUAAUUGCAGGUCAGCAACUUUUUAAUCUUGCAAAAGAUUUUAAUGAUAAAAUUUGUCCAGUCAUGCAUCCUAUACAUGAUUUAUGCUUAAAUGAGAUAAAGUUUGUAGAAAAACAUAAAAAAUUUGAACGCAUUUUGCCAUCACUCCAUUGCUUCAAUUGUCUUGAUUGUCCUAAUAUUAUUAAGCAUUUCUCUUUAAUGCAAAGCAACAUGCAAGUAAAGGAAGAUGUUGCAAUGUUGGAAUUUCGAUUGUCUGAUGAAAAUUUAAAUCUUAUGCAAGAAUAUAAUCAAAGGAUUGAGGUACUCAAGACUUUAAACUAUAUUGACAAAGAAAUGAAUCUUCAACAUAAAGGUCGCGUGGCAUUUGAAAUAAGCACCCAUGAAGUAAUGAUAACAGAACUUCUUAUUAAUAAUGUGCUUACAGAUCUACACCCAUCAGAAAUUGUGGCAGUUUUAUCUUGUUUUGUUUUUGAACAGAAAAAAUCCUCUCCACCAACGCUCACGGACAACUUACAGAAGGUGGUUAAUACUGUGAAGCAAAUUGCAAAAACUAUUGCUGUUUGUCAGAAAAAGCAAGGUCUUAACGUGACAGUAGAAGAAUUCAUAGAAGAGUUACACUUUGGUUUGGUAGAAGUUGUGUAUGAGUGGGCACGUGGAAUGUCUUUCAAAGAUAUAAUGAACCUCACAGAUGUCUCUGAAGGAAACAUUGUGCGGUGCAUUCAAAGAUUGGACGAAACCUGUCGAGAUGUGCGAAAGGCUGCUCAUGUGAUCGGUGUUCAAGCACUUUGCGAUAAAAUGGAGGAAGGAAUGAGUUUAAUUCGACGAGAUGUAGUAUUUGCUGCAAGUCUUUACACGUCUUAGGAUUUAACACUAAAUCAAGUUUUAUAUGUUUAUAACUUAUUUUUAUUGUAGUUAAUAUAGUUGUUACAAUUAUAUAUUAUAAUUAUGAUAAUUAUGUAAUAUUUUAAGCUUUUAUGAAUAUUUUAUAUAAUCUGUA